AUGGGAACCCAUAUGACUAGGAAGCGGGUUUUAAAACCAGAUGCCGCCCCAACCAUAUUCCGAAAGCCCAGAGAUAGUCAGGACGAUGUUCCAGUGCCAAAAAAGCGUAUUCGUGGAGCCUUUGAAAAGAGGGAAAAAGCCGGAAGUAAUGAAUGUGGUGGCAGUUAUCAUAUGGAAAAAACUGGUCUUGAACGUUCACUCCAAGUUUUUGACAAGAAUAAUCUUACUGCAGGCAUCCUGGCGACAGAUCGGCAUCGACAAAUUGCCAAAUGGAUAAGAGAAAACUACCCUUUUGUCCUGCACUUGUACGACAUCUGGCAUGUUGCAAAAGAGGGUGGAUUUGAAGCAUAA